UUUAGUCGCCGGUUGCGAAGAUUCGAUGCGGGAGGUCUCUAGUGUCAAGUCUCGGGGCUCGGCUGAAUGGGUCGAUGCUCGUCAGUUCGUCAGUGAGUCAGUAGACUCGGACAGAGGAGGUCGCUGCUGUUGGUGUGUCGGGGCCGAGCGUGCAAGGGUUUCCCCCACUCGACGGUUCGCGUGGCUGGGAAGCCCCGCCCACCAGGUGGCCCGUUCGACAGUGUAGUUGUAUUAGUUUUCUUACCAACGACAGGCGGUCGUUUCGUGUAUUGCGCUCGCUCUCUCUUUCUCUCUCUCUCUCUUUCUUUCUCUCUCUCUCACUCUUUUUCUUUCUUGGGGAACAAGAAAAAGGAAAUUGAGAGAAAAACGUAGUACGAAAUGAAAUUCCGGACAGGAGCGAGGGCAGGUCGGGCGCGAGUUUCUACGACGGGUGGUGCGUAUCGAAGUGAUGUUUUUUGUUUCCUUUGGUUUUACAUUUCCAACUGUGUGCGCGAAAAAAUCGUGAAUUAUAAGAAGAAAAGAAACGCGAGUGAAUCUGUGUCGAGAAACGCGAGAUAACGCGCGUGCAAUUGGAGAAAGAAACUAGCGGAUUUCCCUGUCUGGGAUUGAAUCAAAGGGCGGAAUUUCAAAAAAUACAUAAAAAGAAAGAACGCAAAGCAAAAACGAGAGAAAAAAAAGUGUUUCAUUUGACUAGCCGACGUCAGCUGGUCUUCGGCGUGAGAGAACCGAGAUAGAAAUGGCGGCGCUGGUGGCAGGUGUCCAGUAUGGUUUGUCAUCGCACAGCAAUUUUCCUGAGAAUAAAUCCCUUAUUUUCGUGAAACUUACCGACUCGGCGCAACGUGCCAUCGAGGAUUUUCUACGCAACGGGAAUACGACCAAUCAGAACCCUACAAUACAGUUCCUAGGAAACGAAGGGCAACUCUCCUUUCCAUCCACACAAUCCAGCCAUGGAUCUGCGGGUUUUACCUUCAGCCUCUCCGGCAAUCAGGACAUCGAGGGUCCACAGGGUGGUUUCGAAUGCAUACAGCAAACCGGUCCCAAGAGCCUGGAAAGCCUGGGAACUUUGCCGUGGAAAAUGCGGAUACAGGCGAACGACGAUGUAUAUGAGACGACGAGACACAGAAUGGCGGUUGCCGAGGAGAAUAAUAAAAAUAAAUGUACGAGGGUAAUAAAGGCGAACGGCCCGGAUAUCGGUCGUAAAGUAAAAGUAAAAGCGGUUGGGAGGACGAUACAACCGAUGACUAAUAAUACACAGAGACACAGAGAAUCCACGAGCAUUCCAGCUUCCUCAAAUCAAUCGUCGAGGCCGCUAGCCACCGUCCAGCCUCCGGUUUCCUCGACGACCUUAAAUCCAUCUUCCUCGUCCACGUACAAACCCAUCAAGAGCAACAAUCCCCCCGCGGCACGCCAGCACGAGAAAAAAUGCUCCGACAUAAUGCGCAGGCCACUCAGAGAAAGAUUGAUCCACCUUCUCGCUUUGAGGCCAUACAAGAGGCCGGAACUUUACGAAAGGAUCAACAAGGAGGGCAUAAAGGAUCGUGAUCGGAGCACAACGGCGACGUUACUGAAGCAAAUAGCCUGUAUGAAGGACAAUACGUAUCACUUGCACAGACACGUGUGGAACGACGUUCAAGAAGACUGGCCAUUUUACACGGAGCAAGAAAAAGCGAUGUUGAAAAGGCGGAAGCCUCAGAACCUUACUCCGCCUGGCUCCAGCGACGGUGGAUCGAGCGGGAGCGGUCAAUCACCAAACUCGACGCAUCCGGGUUCGCCGCCGGCGAUAUCAGCGCCACCCCCGGGUCUGAUGAGUCACAAGAGACCGGGAUAUUAUCAGAGCGCCGAUGGUCUUCAGACGAAGAGACCAAGGAUAUCGCACUUUCGUAAAUCUGACACGGGCGGUUCCGGUGGCGGUAACAACGGCAACAAUAGUAGUAACAGGGGAGAGAACGCGAGGACGACUGGUGGUAGUUUAGGGAGUAUGAGCGGGGGUGGUUUGAGUGCAAGUGCCGUGAGUGGUAGUGGUCUCGUAAACGGAAGUGCCGGAAGUGAUAUGAACGGCUGGGAUCAUAGGCAACAGCAGCAGCAGCAACAUCAUCAGCACUCGCAGCAGCAGCAGCAGCAGCAGCAGCAGCAGCAGCAGCAACAGCAACAGCAAUUGCAGCAACCACAACAACAACGGGACCGCGGAGAUUGGAGAACUGAAAGAACAACAACGAACAGUGAGGUGUUGCGAAAUUACAGCAGCACGAAAUCGUGCUUGACACCGACCAGUGACAAUGAGGAUAACGGGCCAAUCGCAAGCUCGAAUCAAGCUUCAAGCUUAUCCAACGUUUCCUCAAACAAUCUCGGCUCGAAUCAUCACACGCAUAAUAACAAUUCGUCGAGUAAUCAUCAUCACCAUAAUCAUAAUCAUAAUUAUAAUAAUCAUUCUAGCGUAACCAACAAUUAUACUCGUAUCGAGUUUGUCAGAUCACUCAGCAAUUCAGGAACGUCCAGUGCCAACCACCCUAACACGACGACGACUACGACUACCACAACCAACAACCCCGUCGAACGUCGGGACGAACGCCAAUCCUCUGCUCCCGUACCUACAACGACCUCCUCAUCUCGCGGUAACGAACGCGAGCGGGAACGCGAACGAGAACGGGAUCGGGAUCGAGAUCGCGAAAGAGAACGCGAACGUGGCAACAGGGAACGCUCUGAAUUCGCUGAUAAUUCCAUCAACAAUACCCAAAACAACGCUUACAACGACCUCAAUAAUCUCCCAUCUUCCAGAUACAAUCCCAACAGUGCCAACAACAUUACCAAUCCUAACACCACCAAAUCGUCCGCAUCCUCCGCAACCAACAGUUAUAGCCCAACUUCACCGACCAUCACCAGCACCUCCAAGAAUCCGGACUAUCCCGACUACCUCACGUACUACACGACGAUCAGCAGCACGGAACAAAGGAGACGUUACAAGGAUGAAUUUAACGCGGAUUACGAGGAAUACCGAAGAUUGCAUGCCCUAGUUGCCAAAGUGUCCAAACGUUUCGCCCAAUUGGAAGAACGACGACAGAGAGAGCUCGCAAUUGGAAAUCGGGGGAAAAUCGAAGAAAUUGAGUUACAAAUCUGGCAAGAGUAUAACGAGACGAAGAGCGAUCCGGUGCACAAAGAGACGAAAAAACGUUUCGACUAUUUGCACGAAAAGUUGAGUCACUUGAAGCGGCUGGUCCACGAGUACGACAUGAAAAAUUCGGCUGGCAACGGAGGAUCGGAUAAAAUAUUAACUGUUAGAAACGGCGUCGUCGACGCUGACAAUACCGGAAACUUACGAUACUGACACAAACUCAAACGGCAGCCGAUCGUCCUAUGCCUCGUAUCACUACUUGCAAACGCCUUUCUCCCGAUGUCGCUCAGUCUUACUGCUAAAUAUCUACUAUUCAUCGGCAAGCUCCAGGUUUGAAGCGAAACCAAAAACAAAUGAAACAGAAUGGAGCAAGGAUCGGAAAACUUUCGAAAAUCGAAUCGAAGGAAGACAUUUUCGAUUUUGAUCACGCGAUUCGUCCGUCUCUUCUUCAAUGCAACCAUUUUCUACUCUCUCUCGCUCGCUACUAUACUUUUUCGAACCUCGGUACGUUCCGGAAGGAGGAAAAUAAUCAAAAUUGGCAUGUACUAAACACCCGGACGAAAAUCGUUCAUCGAGUGACCGAUAGAACUCGUAACGGAAGAAUCAACAAGCCGUCGCGCGUGCGCUCGCUUGUGUUUUUGUGUGUGUGUGUGCGUCCGUGCAUGCGUGUGAGUGUGUGAUUUGUUUCCGUGUACACAGUACGAUUAGUAAUGAGCAAGAAGAAGAAGGAGGGAGCCAAGUUUGUAAAAUGCUGCGUAACGUCCAAGACUGUCCAGUGAAGAAGAAAACAAAGAAGCACGCGGAAUGGAAAAUACUACGAAAAUCGUAAAAUAAAACAAUAAUUUAAACGAAUAAAGUAGUGAGCUUUGUACAACGCAUCAAAGUACAUAUGUCCAAGUGUGUCGUCCAGUUAUACAGAAAUAAACAAACAUUCGUACUGGAAGAAAGCAUGUGCGAAAAGAGGGUCGAAGACUCGGGCGACUCGGAGUAUUGACCUACAAAGUUUGAGGGCCGAGGGACACGAGAGAGGGUUCAGAGAAGUGGAAGAAAAAAAAUAUCGUUUUGAAGGGAAAAAAGAAAAACGGAAAAAAAUAGAAACAGAGAAAUUUCGAGUUAAGCUUAUUUUUCACGCAAUUGUUCCCAACUUAUGCUCCGAGUCAGAGGAAGGAGAUAAGAGUGGUGGUGUGUUUCGAAGCAUUUAAUGAAUUUAACUGAGGAAGAAAAGCGAAGUGAAAUCAGACAUUUAAGAUCGACGAUUACGAUACGAGUAAAUAUUACGUCUUCGGAUGAAUCCUCUUCCCCUUGGUACUGAGUUGAAAAAGUUUCGAUGAGAUUGAGGAAGGAGGUAAUUUCCGUUUAUUCGUUAUGCGUCCUGUUUGGGGCUCACAUAUCCUCCGCCCUUUUAUUUUGUCCCCCGGCAUAACGAGUGAAAAAAAUCUCGUCGGAGAUGCGAGCGAGUAUUGUGGACAAACACAAGUCCCAGCGUCCAAAACGAAAUACCGCUUGAAUUAAUCGCGAGAAAUAUAAAGUUGGGAGUUUGGACAAAGCGAGGAGAAAAAAAGAAGAAAAAAUCGGCGAUCAACUCGACCCUGCCAAUGCCUAAUAGAGAGUGUGCAUCUGUAUGCAUGAGCCGUGCUGAAUGCAAAAGUGUACAUUUUAGAUUACUAAGAGUUCGGGAAAGAAUGGAGCAGCAGUGAUUGAACAAUUAUAUCAACGAUUUAAACGAUUUAACAAGUAAACCGAUACAAACGAAACACAAAAAAAAUAUUAAAAAUGAAACAGCAGCCAUCUUUGUCGUUCGUGCGACCAAGAAAUAAUUUAGCAAAGAAAAAAAAAACAAAAAAAUUAAUAAUAAUAUUAACAAACGACGAUCGAAGUUAGCGAAAAAAUAUAUCAAGACAGGUGUAUUAGUGAUAAAUAAUGAUGGUGUACAACCAGGCGUACCGCGACCUUUCGCUUUUAAAAGAUAUACUUUGUUUAUGUAAUAAUAUUAUUAUUUUUAUCAUUAUUAAUAUUAUUACCAUUAUCCAUUAAUCCUAUUACUCUAAUUGUAUUAAUGUUCAGGUAGAUAGUCAAGAAUUUAUAACCGAAAUCCUGGGACAAUUAGCUAAACGGGGAAAAAAAAUACAACAGAAGAAAGAUAUAUUAGAAAGAGCCAAUGGCGACAUUAUUGAACGUCGAUUCGAGGCGAUCUUCAUUCGCGGUGUCAAAUUUCUUGUCAUCCGUUUUUUUCUUUGCUUGAAAAUUUGGUUUUUUCAUUGUAUAAAAUUAUUCCAAUUCGAUCGAUCGUUACCAAAAAGCGAAGAAAGAAGAAAAAUAUGACAUUCAUUCAAAAUGUAUCAAGAAAAAAUAUGCGCAAAUAAUUCUUCGUUGUUUCAAUGAAAUGUUGCGGGCAAACCUCUUCGGUACAAUUUAAUUCGCCAAGAUUUCAGAAUUUUCGGUCGAAUCGACGUAAAACGAGAAAACAUUGUUACAGAGCAUUUUCUUUCGUUUUGUUUCUUUUUUUUCACAUCGCUAAAACGUGUUAAAAAAGUAGAGGAAAUUUUUCGAAUCUUCCUCUUCUUUUCUCUUAUCGGACGAAAAAAAUGAACUUACGAUAAUGCAAAAAAAAUGGGGCCAUUGGCAUCACGAGCUUUACACGAACAUUGUUAGGAACUGGCGCAAUAUUUGUUAAAAAUUUUUGAGUUUAGAAAUAAAUAACUUCUCACCCUGACGAUAUAAACGAUUGACAAAAUUCGAGAGAAAUAAUGCGACGAUUGCUGCAAAAUUCUCACAACUACAGUAAAACAGAUAUUGAUUUUCUUAAUCACUCAACAGAGCUUUAAAUUUAAAAAUGCGCCGUUUCCUGAUAACGAUGAUCAACUCUUCUAUUUGUCGGGACGAACGACCACGAAAAUAAUAGACAGACCUAAAGAAAUACGAUUUUAUUGAUUGAAGCAACGCUAUUGAAUUCGUUUUUUUCUAAUGUUAUUGCGUUACUCAAAUUUUAGCAUAUUACUAUUCUUAUUCAUAUUCUUAUUAUUAUUAUUAUUAUUAUUAUUCUUAUAUGAAUAUUAUUUAAAAAUUACGGCACAACGAUGCGUUUACGUUUCCUCUUGAUUUUUUUCGUUUUUUCUCUACUUCUUAUUCUCUGUUAAGACGGCCAGAUGUUAUUACUAGGAAUUAUGACUAUUAGCAAUUUUGCAACACUUUAUUGUAUCGCUGUUCACCGUCGACGUUUUUAUCCAUAUUAUUAUUUCACUUUUGUUUGAAGUUAUGUUUUUAAUGAUGACCCGCUCAAUGAAUGUUUUAUUGGUUUCAUUGUGAACGGAAAUUGCUCGUACGCCUCGAAGGGGUAAUGGAGAGAGUUUUUAAAAUGCAAGAAAAAUGAUAUUUAUGUAUCUUGUGUAUGCAUCUUGAGACGUUUUGGACCAGAUAUUUAAAAAAUUUGUAAAUAUAUUAUUUUGCGGAUCUAAACGUUUUUGGAAUUCGGAUACAUUGGUCAAAUGGUGCCGAAGGUUAGAAAAAAAAUGAAAAUGUGACUUUAAAAAAUCUUUUACUCCUUGUUUUGUAAAUUAAGUGGACACAAUUAAAAAAUUAUUAUCUAAAAAGAAAAAAAAAGUCUUUUAGGUGUAUUUUAUCGGCAUUUCUGGAAGAUUAACGAUUUAUUAACUCAUUUUGGCGGCGCCUGAACUUGAGAAAAGAUCAAUGGAAAAUGAUGCAACAAGAUGCUGCUGAGCAGAUCUGUGAAACCGCAUGUAGAGAACCGCGCGUCAUUGUGCCAUUCCGAUCAUUUGUUUAUGCAUGAAAACGAAAUCUCAAUUCACGCUGUUUUAUCUCGUUCUCAUUGUCGUGCAAUUUUUGUUCGAUAGUGUUUUUUAAUUUUAGUUACCACGCGCAUUUUGCGCCGCCCCCGGCCCUCCUCCCAUUCAGAAAUGGAUCGAUGCGUUUAUACAAAACGCGCAAUACGUAAAAAGGGAAUCGUGUAUAAAAUAUAGACGAAAAAAAAAUGCUUGCUAAUUGAAUUCAACUGGUGCGGAAUGCAACGUUCUCUCGAACGGAGUUUGAAAAAAAAAAAGUGCCAAGGCCAGGAAGGCUGGAACGUAGAGAUGUAUGAAAAUGAAAGAGGACGAAAACAUAGAAAUAAUGUUGCGAAGGAAUAAAAUGGUGAAACACGGAGGUACUGAAAGAAAACGUGUUACGAGGGUCCAUACCGAAGGUCGAUAAAUGAUAAAUACAAUUGUGUCAAUCUCUCGAGCGAACGAAUGAUGAAGAAGCAGAGAAAAAGAUAUGAGUAAAGUGCGCUUUCUGUGUGUAGCAUCGAUUUUAUAUCUCUGUAACGUAAUUAAAAUUACGUCGACGAUUAUUUGCAAUGAAAGGAAGGGUCGAAAGAUUAAUAUGAAAAAAGUAUUCGGACGUACACAAUUUAUCGCUGAUCAAUGAGUGCGAACGAGUUUAAUCGAUAACAAUAAUAAUUGUAGUUGCACGAACGUUGCGACGACGUGUGCGGAUGAGUCACAUUCGCGACGGAAGUGGAUGGAGUACCGUCGAGUUUUCAAUCGGAAAUUCCACGGUCGCAUCCAUUCUUUUAUUUAAAAUGAUACAAUCAAGUGCCAAUCUUAGCGAAGCAAGACUACCGAUACGAGCAUAAUUACAUAUUAAAAAUGCAUUAAAAAUGUACACGUGAGAACUGAGGAAAAGUGGAAAAACGAGAAUGCGUUUGAACUACGGUGUAAAUGGGCGCAUGCGCGUCUCCAAUUGGCAAACAAAUGUGGCAACAGAGCGCGAGGGUCAUCGAGUCGAUGAUAGAGGGAAGGGAAAUCGAAAAACUAUUCGUCUUUUUGCCUUGGAAUAUUUUCUACUAACCGUCGAUGUAAGUCAUUCGGGUCAAGACAAUCUCAAUCACUCGCCAAAAAAGUGCUAUCCACCUUACCUUCGAGAUAUUUUUUUAAAUAUACAUCUAGGCAACAUCGCGGAUUAUUGAAAAUUGGGUCUAAAUGAAAAAGUGAGGUUAUAAAAUGUCUAACUUUUCGUCGUCCCUGAUCGCGCGGAUACCCUCGGCAAAACGUGCAGCUCAUUUAACCAAGAGAAUUUAAUGAAUUAUAUAUAUACGUUAUAUCUAUAAAUAGGCGAAUUUUUCAAUAAAAUUGUGCGUGUUAUAGGCAAAUUUGUAUAAAGAAAUCGUACUUGAAAUUUUUAGGAAAAAGCAAGCCUUCGACAGCAGUCGGUAUUCUUUCUUCCUUCUCUCUUUCGCUCUCUCAUAAUACGCUAUUCUUAAUAAUUUUUCUCUUUUCGACCUUCGAAACUCGGAUGGUUGAAACGUACGAUAAUUUUCUUGACAUUACUCCGCGUUUGCAAGAACGACGAUUAUCUCGGGGGUAAACGGCGGCCCGUUGAUCGACGCGUGACUUUGCCAAAACAAUUCGUCCUUGUCCAAUUACCGAUCCACUUUGUGUUGGAAAAAAAAUCGCGCUUAUUUCUUAUCUAUCUAUCGUUGAUUAAAUAAUACGAACGCGGCCUUACUUAUAAAUACUGUGUACAUAUUAAAUUAAAAUACCCAAAGUCCAACGUUCUCCAUCGCGAGCUGCAUUUCUAAACGUCGGAAAAUCAAGUUCGUUUCCUUAUCACCAAAAAGCAGCAAUAAAAAUCUCAACGAGGUUGUUUUUCAGACGGAAUUCACUCACUGAUUUUCCAUUUUUGUUUCUUCCUUUAGAAUAAACUGACGCAAAAAGAUAUAAAAACAAUACACACACACACACACACACACCACGUACUCGUAUUGUAAUACUAUUACUUUUGACUGUGAUGCUACUGUUAUGUAAAAUAAUACGCGUAUGUACAUCGAUAUAUGCGUGUACCAUUAAUCUUUGUUUCUUCUUUUUUAUCCGUUGGAACAACAAGUGCAUUCUCGUGCCGUAAUUUACGAUGAAAACGAUACGGUGUAAUCUUCACUACGUGGCUGCAUCAUAUAUAGAUAUUUUCACAUGACAUCUUCCACGAAUCCCCACUCGUUUCGUUUCCCCAACUUCGCCAAUUUUUCUCGGCGACUGUUUCGCCCCUCGUUUCCUGUUGGUCGUUUCUUUCGUGAACUUCCGUUGAGAAACAACAGCAACAAAUCUUUGUCCUCGCUCAUUUUUUUAACGGGAUCGAGUUUUCUUGUAUUUCGGAACUUUUGUUCAGUUUAUUCGUUAGCGAAUGGUAGGGAAAAAUUCGAAGAAUUGAAUAUAGAGAAGGAGAAUUUGUAACGGGCGGCAUUCACAGUGUCAAUUGUUUGAUCAAGCUCGCUCGCACCCUAACCUCUAUUGCAUGCGACAAACUCAGUAGCGAUUUUUUGGUUAGUACGAUCGUGCGUAUUGUGUGUGAGAAGGAAAAAAAAUUUCAAACUUUUGUAGAAUCUAAUGCAGUGCGAUAUCGCGAACAAAUCGCCCUCGAGUGAAAUCGAAAACAAGCAUAACACGCUUGAAUCGAACGAGACGGGAGAGAGAAGGAAAAAAUGCAAGAGGAAACUGUAACUCAUCGUGUUAGUUACCUGUUUACUAUUUUUUAAGUGCGUGUUAAAUCGUUGAGCGCGCGAAUGCGUGUGAGUGCGUGAGAAAGAUGAAAAAACCGAACGAGUGAACCUUGAUGGACUCUUAAGAAAAAGUGGUGAUUAGAAAUUUAAGAAAUCAUGUAACGACGUGAGAGAUACGGCGACUACUGAGAUAAAAGAAAUAUCCAAAAAAAUGGAACAAAAGCUGAAAAGUGACAAAAAAAAACAAGUAAAAGAAUAAAAGUAAGACGAGAACGGGGUAUGAAACAAAAAAAUACGUGUAUACCCGAGAAACUCUUGUAUUGACGACGACUGCAUUGCUCCCCUGACAAAGGCUCGUAUAUUCAUUAUUAUAGUUGUAUUUGCAAUUAUUAUCUACAAUAUGUUAUUAUAUAUUCAUUGAAGUAACAAUCAACAAAACAGCAACCAACAAAUGAAGAUUAUAUUAUUGAAAUAAAUGAAAUACUGAAAAAAAGGCUAAUUGUCGUAGAGAAUAAUCAAGGAGAAUUAAAAUAUGCUCAUUAGAAACCGAUAAAGACGGCGGGGAGAGAAAGAGAGCAGAAAAAGAGAGAAAGGACGCGCGAGUGUAACCCAGGCGACAUCUACCUUUUGAAAAUUCGACUCGUACAAAUGCCAAAACUCGUUUUAUUUUGUCUUGAAUUACAUUCGGUUUCUUUUCCGUCGUCCUUUGUUUUUCUUUCCUUCGAAGCAAUGAUGCCGACUUUUCUAUAUUCCGAAAAAUCAUAAAGCACGCGUCGACUCGAAUUGGCGAGGCUCUCGCGAACGACAGGAAAAAUCGCUCUCGUCCACGAAACGAAAAAUAAUUGCGGUUUUCGUUUCUUUUUCUUUUUCUUCCAUUUCCAUCCCAUUUAAAAGAGUGGAGUUCGUCCGUCGAUGUACAUAAUUAUUUGCAAGUUGAGUGAGCACGAGACGUUCCAGUUAUUUUCCUGUUUUUGUUGUUUCCUUUAUGUUGAAAUCGUCCAAGCAGAGCUGUUAAGGACGGACGCGACGAUUUACGCCUCUCGACCCUCGCCAACGCGAGUCAAGUCGGUGCAAAUGCGAAUACUAAUAAUAUAUAUAUAUGAACGAGAAACAAAAAGCGACGCGUACACGAAGGAAAAGAUGUUUCUUCUCGAUGCUCUUCUCUCGUGCGUGUUUCUCAGCUUUUACGUGCUUUAAAGUUUUAUCCGAAAAAUUAGCAAACGAAAAAAACGGAAAAAAAAACAUUAAAUAUUAACAAUGGAAUAAUACAAAAGUUAUUAAUAAUAAUAAUAAUUGAAAUAUAUACACACACGGUCGAUGAUAUUGUUGGCUCGAUUGCAAGUGCAGCGACGAUAGUGAUCGGGCGAUAAUUCAAGAUGGCGGCGAACACAUGUGCGAUUAAAUGGAUUUUGAUGAUUGAAACGAGGCGAAAAAUAAAAAUGAUAUGUAUAAAAUGUAUUUUAAGCGAGAAACGAAAAAACAGAAUCAAUUUACAUUUAUAUACUUGACAGUUAAAAUACAAGAAACAUAAUGAAAGGAUGAGAAACAAAACCAUGCAAGUUUUAGGAAUAGCGAUCACACGUGGGUCUGUGCAUAAAAAAAUACGUAUGUGCUUUGGGCCGAGUCUUUUAAUUACGAAAAAAAAGACACAUACACACCGAGACGCCUUUUCACUCGCAGAGCUAAGAGCCUCGAAGUGUCUUUUGUUUUCUUUUUUAUCUUAUUGUAAUAUGAAGAAAAAUGACUUCGAAUAUGCGUGCGACGUCAUUAUCGUCUUCUUGAAUUUUUCUCCUUCGCUCACUCUCUCUCUCUCUCUCUUUCUCUGCAAAUCCCCUCCACUCGCGCUUUCCGACUACUCUCUUUGUCACUGCAUAAAAAUAUAUAGAAAAUGAUUCGAUUCUUCGGAAUGUUGAACAAGUCACACUCACUUUAUAUGCUCGUUCCAACCACUGUCGCAUUUUCGGGCCAUAUGAAAUAGCGACGUGCCGUUAACGUGCCUAAUGAUAUCGUAACGUGUCUGUAUAAAUUGAUUAUGGGACGAAUAGGAGCGAGAGAAAAUUCACACGCGUUUCAUCGCUCCUUUCCGGUUCGUCCGAAUUACACACUCUCUUUAGAAGAAACAAGAAAAAAUAAGAGAGAGAGAGGGAGAUAGAAAGAGUGAGUGAGGGGAAAAAAUCAACCGGUGACUAUAUGUGACGGUCAAAUAUAUUUAUUCAAAUGACUUGCCAGGUUCAUUGCACAGUAUACAAUGAAAGGUAGAUUAAAGAUGAGUGAAUAAAAGUCGAUAAAAAUUAACAAAAAAAAUAUGAAAGGAAGGAAGAGUUAUGAAACAAAACGAAAAGAUCUAUAGUUAAUGGAUUAAUGGAUGAGUUGCAUAGCUAUCGAAAUGUUUCACAAGAUAUUGAUGUAUAUAUUUUAAGUUUGUAUUAUAAUUCCCCACUUAAUUUGUAUGAAAUGAAGAAUAUCAUUAAAAUGAUGAUGAAAAUAA